AUGGGAAACAGCGAUUCGGAGAAGGGCCCAACGAAAGGCAAGGGGGUCGAAGUGAAAUUCGAAGGAGAUGAACAGGUUUACCACAACCCCAAAUCGCAAGUGCUACUUCAACAACCAUUGAUAGAUCGACUUUUUGAGGUUUCCGAUGACCACCCAAGUGCUUCUCGUCAAGCUAUGCUGGAUUCAUCCAUCCAACAGAAGUUGAAAGCCGAUCGUGAACGUUUGAAACAGUUGGGAAGCGAAGUCGAUUCGAAAGUUCGCGAAGCGUUCCGAAAACAAAGCUCCUCUCAACAAGCUAAGGACGACGACAAAUCAAAUUCCAGCGCCCAAUUGAUGGAGGAGAUUUCGAGUAUCAAGGAGAGAGUUCAACAACGUCGCAAUGAUAAUACAUCAGAAUUGCUUCCCCAAAUAAACCAUGCCAGGAGUGCUAUCGUAGCUUGUUUAAAACAAUACCAAGAUCAGCCCUUGAAGUGUACUGAACAAGUUGAUAACUUCAAGAAAGUUGUCAGGAAUCUUGAAUCGAAAUUUGUAACUUCUAUGCAAUAA